AUGCCUGUGUCUGAAAACCUCGUGCAGCGAGACGGUGAUUUCCUAGUCCGUGACUCCCUGUCCAGCCCCGGAAACUUUGUCCUGACCUGUCAGUGGAAAAACCUUGCUCAGCACUUCAAGAUCAACCGGACCAUUCUGCGGCUCAGCGAGGCCUAUAGCCGCGUGCAGUACCAGUUCGAGAUGGAGAGCUUCGACUCCAUCCCAGGCCUGGUGCGCUGCUACGUGGGCAACCGACGGCCCAUCUCCCAGCAGAGCGGCGCCAUCAUCUUCCAACCCAUCAACAGGACGGUGCCCCUGCGGUGCCUGGAGGAGCGCUACGGCACCUCCCCGAGCCGUGCCUGGGAAGGCGGCGUCCCCGAAGGAAGACUGGACGUGGCCAAAAGGCUAAGUCUCACCAUGGGUGGCAUCCAGGCCCGAGAGCAGAGCCUGCCCAAGGGAAACCUCCUCAGCUGUGCUCUAACCCGUGGCGGCAAGCUGCCUCCCCAGUGCCCGGGCAUGGACACGAGCCCUUGUCCAAACUCACCAGUGUUCAGGACUGGAAGCGAGCCCAGCUUGAGUCCAGCAUUGAUCCGGAGGGUCUCCUUGGACACUAGGGCGGGGGAGGCUCUGCGGGGAUCUGACAGCCAGCUGUGCCCCAAACCACCCCCAAAGCCCUGCAAGGUGCCCUUCCUCAAGGCACCGCCCUCUCCAUCCUCCUGGCUCAACUCUGACGCCAACUACUGUGAGCUGAACCCAGCCUUUGCUACCGGCUGUGACCGAGGAACAAAGCUGCCCUUGGGGACCCCGGGCAGCCAGGUGGAGCUGCUGACAGCCAGGCAGAAUGGGGUGCCGGGUCCCCGGAACUCUGGUAUCAACUACUUGAUUCUUGACGGGGACGAUGGAGCUGGGCCUUGGGAGCCAGCGGUGACACAGGAGGACAGGGCAGAGUUUGUGAAGCCCAUCAUGGAGACUGUGUCCUCAUUCAGGCCCAAUGACUUUGAAUCCAAGCUCCUCCCUCCGGAGAACAAACCCCUGGAAACAGCCAUGCUGAAGCGUGCGAAAGAGCUGUUCACCCAGCACGAGCCCAAGCUCAUCGCCCAGCACAUGCUGAGCAUGGACUGCAAGGUUGCUAGGAUACUCGAAGUCUCAGAAGAGAUGAAGAGGAACAUGGGCGUGAGCUCAGGACUGGAACUCAUCACCCUGCCUCACGGGCACCAGCUGCGCCUGGACAUCAUGGAAAGACACAACACAAUGGCCAUCGGGAUUGCCGUGGACAUUCUGGGCUGCACGGGCACCCUGGAGGACCGAGCAGCCACCCUCGACAGGAUCAUCCAGGUGGCAGUGGAGCUGAAAGAUGCCAUGGGAGAUCUGUAUUCUUUCUCAGCCAUCAUGAAAGCCCUGGAAAUGCCCCAGAUCACCAGAUUAGAAAAAACCUGGAUGGCCCUGAGGCACCAUUUCACCCAGACUGCCAUUCUCUAUGAGAAGCAGCUGAAGCCCUUCAGCAAGAUCCUACAUGAGGGUCGAGAGAACACGUGUGUCCCGCCAAACAACAUAUCAGUUCCACUGCUGAUGCCUCUUGUCACCUUAAUGGAGCGCCAGGCUGUCACAUUUGAAGGAACUGACAUGUGGGAAAAAAAUGACCAAAGCUGUGAAAUGAUGCUGAACCACUUGGCCACAGCCCGCUUCAUGGCUGAGGCUGCAGACAGCUACCGGAUGAAUGCAGAGAGGGUCCUGGCAGGUUUUCAACCAGAUGAAGAAAUGAGUGAGAUCCUCAAGACUGAGUUCCAAAUGCGAUUGCUGUGGGGCAGCAAAGGAGCUGAGGUCAAUCAGAUGGAGAGAUACGAGAAGUUCAAUCAGAUUCUAACUGCCCUCUCCCGAAAACUGGAACCUCCUCUAAAGCAGGCAGAGCUUUGAGCUGUCCAAAGACCGCGAGGGCCAAGCUUUCCCACUGUCUCCUUGGGAAAAGCCUACCUGACAAAUUAAUAAAUACAUGGAAAUCUGACAAUGUACAGGCUUUUGAAAGCCAUGGGAUAUUAAACGUGUAAGUUGCACAGAGCACACUUAUUUAUGAAUUGUUUAAAGUUACUACUGAUUUUUAAAUGAGUAAUUUAUUAUUAAGGGUAACUAUUGUAAUGUUGAUUGGCCAAUAUAAGAGAUCAAUCUUCUAUUAUAGAGUAUCUGGCUAUUUUAGUUUUAAUUUCAUGUCAGAUAAAUGUACAUAAGAGUUUCUUUGUUAAAGCAUGAAACAUUUCAGAAGGUAUCAGUUGUAUGAUAUUCUUUAAAUAUGAAAGAUUGUAAAUAGUCAUGAAUGAAAAUAUAUCUUUUU